CGUCACGACGCCGCGGCGCCGCCUCGGCCUUCGCUUGUGUGUUUCUCUGUAAUCCGGGCUGUAGGUGUGGCUGUUUCUGAGGAUUGUCUUCCAUCAUGGCCUCGGGAGUGAAGUGCUUCCGUCUGCUGCACCCUGCCUUUUGCAGUUACCUUGCUACUUUGACCAGACCUGUUUCAGAAAUCUCCAUGAAGACAGUGAGCGUAAGACAGCAUGACCAUAGGCCAUCCUCAGCCUAUCCAGCAGCACCAGUUCGCCAUUUUGCAACCAAGAAGGCCAAAGCUAAAGGGAAAGGACAGCCUCAGGCCAGAGUGAAUAUUAAUACAGCCUUGGUUGAAGAUAUAAUCAACUUGGAAGAGGUGGAUGAAGAAAUGAAAUCUGUGAUGGAAGCACUCAAGGAUAAUUUCAAUAAGACCCUCAACAUAAGGACUGCACCAGGUUCUCUUGAUCGUAUUACUGUGGUGACUGCUGAUGGGAAGCUUGCUCUAAAUCAGAUUGGUCAGAUCUCCAUGAAGUCGCCACAGUUGAUUUUGGUGAAUAUGGCCAGCUUCCCAGAGUGUACAGCUGCAGCUAUCAAGGCUAUAAGAGAAAGUGGAAUGAAUCUGAACCCAGAAGUGGAAGGAACAUUAAUUCGAGUACCCAUUCCUAAAGUAACCAGAGAACACAGAGAAAUGCUGGUAAAACUGGCCAAGCAGAACACCAACAAGGCCAAAGAAAAUUUACGGAAGGUUCGCACUAAUGCAAUUAAUAAACUGAAGAAGUCAAAGGACAGAACCUCGGAGGACACCAUUAGACUCAUAGAGAAGCAGAUCAGCCAAAUGGCCGACGACACAGUGGCAGAGCUGGACCGGCAUCUAGCAGCAAAGACCAAAGAGCUCCUCGGAUGAAAGUUAGCAGUCACAGCUGCACACUGGAGCCUAGUUUCUGCUCAUCCCUUAGGUGGCAAGCUGGAGCCUCCACUGCCCUGACCGUCCACUGGAGGCCGUCGCUGCUGCUCCUCUCCUCCAAGGGAGCCUGAGCCUCCUGUUGAGGUGCUCAGACUUACCGAAUGUUUUCCUUGUUUCCCUGCAUGGCCUUGUUCUGCUCUGAAUCUCCUGCUAUGAAAGCCCUCAGAGAAUGUCUGCUGUUGGCAGUUACCUUGACUGAGAUGUCACCACCGGCCACUGUCAGGCUCAGCAGCUCUUCUCCUCAUCACAGGAGCCUCCUUUCACACAGGGAAUGAGACCCUGCCCUUGUUUAAACUCAUUUGAGAUAAUGUGGGCCUUCACCAUGACUGCUAAUGAUCAAGCCUAAAUAAAUUGGAAAAAUAA